GUACGGAGGAAGAGUGUUCGCUAGAGAGAGGUGUUCAUUAGAGAGAGGUGUUCAGUUAGACAGGUCCUACUGUAUAUUCGAAUUAAUUCGAGUUGGAUCAGUUGAAUUGGCACAAUCUGAUUAAAUCAUUGAUGGAUGAUGUAAUAGAUUGAUGAUGAGGACAAUUGUAGCACUCUGUAUGCUGGCAGUAGUACUGGUGCAGGCACAAGACUCUGGGACAAUCGCAUACAAGUACACAAUCCCAGGAAUGAGAAUAAAUCGGGGGAAGACCGAAGAAGAUGCAUUGAAUGAGGUAAAGGCUUUUCUUGACUGGAUGGUUGAAAGGAACCCUGGCAUUCUUUCCGGUUAUCAAGACGCAACGUUGAUACCAAAGAGGAGAGUUUUUGAUGCGACAUUCGUUUUGAUGUCAUACCUUGAUAUCAGUGGUGAAUUGUUGAGACAAGAGCUCGAAGAAUACAAAGCCUUAGUACCGAAUAAAUUCGUUGCAAUCGAUGGCAGAACCGUGAGGACCCCCAAAAAAGGGGAAGAAGUAAAUGUAUAUGGAGAUCCACACGUGACAUUUGAAUUUCGAAACAGAACAUUUUGUUUUGAAACAGAAGAGCCCCUGAAUGAAACACUUGAAUUGUACACUGCAACGGAAUUAGGGAUCAAACUGAAUAUUGACUUCCGGUCAGUCAAGCCAAACUCUGCCAAUGAUGAAAUGUGGAUUCAUGAUGUCGGGAUUUUAUCAGCGAAUGUGAAUGUCACAGUUACCAAAAACAACAUCAGUGUGGUGAACAACACAGAUGGUACACAGAAAUCAUUGGCAUGGAACAGCAAUGAUUCUAUAGAAGUCAGCAAUAAUUAUGUGAGUGUGCAUGGCCAACAAAUGCUGUAUUUGAAAUAUGCUGAUGAUAAUGCAGACGUGGAAGAUGUAGAGAUUGGUGUAUUCAGGACCACUUCGGGAUCACUUGAUGUAACCUUCUCGAAUACAGAUGAUGUUGUAACAGAUGGAUUUGUUCGGAGUGUUAUUUCCCAAAUUGGUAACGUUAGUGUUGACCCAAACCAACCAGACGUCCUCAAUAUGGCGCCUGUUUGGAAUGGAACCAAGAUGAUUGAGGCUCACAGAUACGAGGAGAAAUGCUGGAAGAUAACACACGGGGCCCAUCAACUCUUUCAGAAUGCAGAAGACUGGCAGAAGUUUGUCAGACAGUGUCUGCUUUGCGAAUCAUAGGAUUCCAAAGCUAAAUACUGAGACUUUUAGGUAUGUUAGUCUCAGACAAAUUGUAAGUCACAUACUGUGUCCUAAUAAUGGAACUCCAUUUGGAAUAUUGUAUCUAGUCAAUUUUUGGACUUUGGAGUAUUAAGAUUGUAAUUUGAAUUGUUCCUUACGAGUUUUAUUGUGAAAAUAUGCCAGUUACCAUGCUAGUUACCAUUUUAUAACACAUGUAUUGAUUAACCUAUGUAUGAAUAAACCUAAAAUAAAUA